CUUGAGCGGAGCACAGUACACGUGGCUGUGCGUAUCGUGCAUAGCUAAAGGGGCAGUUUCCUCUGGACACCGGUCUACUGUCUGGUAAAACUGGUGUCCAGUGAUCAGGGGCUAUUACAGUCGCAAUAUCUGUUAGAGUGCCGCGUGGAUUGUUUUGCGGCGUUCUGUCAAUUUCCCUGAUAGGAAUUUAACACAUUGCAAUGCGAAGUGUGCACGAUACUGUAACAAUAUGGGCUUCUUGGAGGAUACAUUCGUGAUUCUUAUUACACAGGUCAUCUUCUUCUUAGGAGGAUGGGUGUUUUUUGUAAAGAAAUUAUUUCGAGACUACGAAGUCCACCACAGAUUAGUACAAUUAAUUUUCUCCACGACAUUUUCGCUAUCCUGUACCAUGUUCGAGCUAAUUAUAUUUGAAAUAAUAGGAGUUCUUGAUUCUAGUUCUAGAUAUUUUCAUUGGAACACCGGCCUCUAUAUGCUUUUGUUUAUGGUAAUAGUUGUGAUUCCAUUUUACAUAGCAUACUUUAUUAUCAGUAACAUUAGAUUUGUAAGACUGAAAUUAAUAAGGCCGUUGACAGUCAUUGUAUAUCUUUUUUAUCUGUAUUUGUUCUGGAAAGUGGGAGAUCCGUUUCCUAUUUUGAGCCCGAAAAAAGGCCUACUCUCUAUAGAACAGGGCGUUAGUAGAAUAGGAGUUAUCGGAGUUACUGUUAUGGCACUUCUAUCAGGAUUUGGUGCUGUAAACUAUCCAUAUACCUCAAUGGCUUAUUUUAUGAGGCCUGUAACGUACGCCGAUGUACAGAUCAUAGAGAAACGAUUGCUGCAAACAAUGGACAUGAUCGUUGCCAAAAAGAAGAGAAUAGCGUUAGCCAAAAAGGGGGAAGUCGUGGGUCAAACUGAAUCGCGGUAUAGACUUUGGGGUAUGCUAGGACCUUUAAGCGGCACUAAAAGUAAUCAAGAAAGUAUUAAACAGUUACAAACAGAAGUGAUGGCGUUAGAAGAAUUGUCCAGACAAUUAUUCCUGGAGGCGCACGAUAUCCAAAAUGCGAGAGAACGUUUGGAAUGGGCUGCUACCUGGCAGGGGAAAUAUUUCAAUUUUUUAGGAUACUUCUUCUCCGUAUAUUGCACUUGGAAGAUAUUUAUUUCCACGAUCAAUAUAGUGUUCGAUCGAGUUGGCAAAAAGGAUCCUGUAACGAGAGCGAUCGAAAUUGCUGUCCAUUGGAUGGGAUUUAACAUCGAUGUUACGUUUUGGUCGCAGCACAUUUCAUUUUAUCUUAUCGGCUGUAUCGUCUUAACGUCGAUUCGCGGUUUAUUACUAACUCUGACAAAGUUUUUUUAUGCUAUAUCGAGCAGCAAAUCAUCAAAUAUUAUUGUACUUGUACUUGCUCAAAUAAUGGGUAUGUAUUUCGUGUCCUCUGUGCUUUUAAUGCGAAUGAAUAUGCCCGCAGAAUAUCGUAUUAUAAUAACGCAAGUUUUAGGGGAAUUGCAAUUCAAUUUUUACCAUAGGUGGUUCGACGUGAUCUUUUUGGUAUCUGCAUUGUCAUCGAUAGUGUUUUUGUAUUUAGCACAUAAACAAGCACCAGCGGAACGUAUUUAAUUUAAUAAAACUUUUUUU